GCGGGAGCCUGCCACCGCCUGGGCCGCCGCCACCGCUCUCACCGCCAGGUCUGAGUGCCGACGCUGCAGCCAUGGCCUAUUGUCGGCAGGAAGGGAAGGAUCGAAUCAUAUUUGUGACCAAAGAAGACCAUGAAACUCCAAGCAAUGCAGAGCUGGUGGCUGAUGACCCCAACGAUCCGUUCGAGGAGCAUGGAUUGAUCCUGCCAAAUGGAGACAUUAACUGGAACUGCCGGUGCCUUGGGGGAAUGGCCAGUGGCCCCUGUGGGGAACAGUUCAAGUCGGCCUUUUCCUGCUUCCACCAUAGCACAGAGGAUGUCAAGGGGUCAGACUGUGUAGACCAGUUCCUGGCCAUGCAGGAAUGCAUGCAGAAAUACCCGGACCUGUAUCCCCAGGAGGAUGAGGACGAGGAGGAGGAGGAGGAGGAGGAGGAGAAGCCAGCAGAAUGUUUAGAAGAAACAGCUCCUGCUGAAGCCACUGCAACCAAAGAAGAGGAGAGGUCAAGCUAAUGAAGACCAUAAGGCACUGAGCUCCAGUCCUUCUCCUUCAGAGUAAUAUGAACCUUUUGUAAGAUGCCUUUUGGUCAUUCUCCGAGAAAGUGUCUUUCCCUCUGUUUGUGCGCUAUAAUGUACAAAAUAACUUAUUUUGAUGAUCAGGGGUCUUGGUCCUUUGACAUAUACACUGGAAAAAAUGUAUGUGUGCCUCACAUAAACCUAUCAGCAAAUGUAGCUGUCACUUUUGAAUUCUCAGAUUAUCCUGAAUUUUUCCUCUUUGAAAUAAUGUACUGACUAUGCUCAGCAACUGAAAAUCAUUAUCUGGGA